CCUUAGCAGAAUCGUGUUUCCAUAGAAACGGCGUGGUGCCGCUCCUUGGUUCCUCGGUUGCUUCCUGGGGCUGGAGCUGGAGUUGGAAGCCGGCAUUCCCUGUAUUUGGAGAGGGAAAUGCUUCAGCUCCGGCUCCGGGAAUGAGCCGGCAGAAAGCAACCGGGUGACACCAAUGCUGCGGCAUCUUAUGUAUAAAAUAAAGUCUACAGGUCCCAUCACUGUGGCCGAGUACAUGAAGGAGGUUUUGACUAACCCAGCCAAGGGAUAUUAUGUGCAUCAUGAUAUGCUAGGAGAAAAAGGAGACUUUAUCACUUCACCCGAAAUAAGUCAAAUCUUCGGGGAGCUACUAGGAGUAUGGUUCGUUAGUGAAUGGAUAGCCUCUGGGAAAAGUACAGCCUUCCAGCUGGUGGAACUUGGUCCAGGUCGGGGUACCCUCACAGCAGAUAUUUUGAGGGUGUUCAGUCAGCUUGGGUCUGUGCUAAAAGCCUGUGACAUUUCAAUACACCUUGUAGAGGUGAGCCAAAGAUUAAGUGAGAUUCAAGCACUGACCCUGACUGAGGAGAAGGUUCCUUUGGAGAGAGAUGCUGAAUCCCUGGUGUACAUGAAAGGUAUCACAAAGUCUGGGAUUCCAAUCUCCUGGUACCGAGACCUGAAGGAUGUUCCUAAAGGAUACAGCUUUUAUCUCGCACACGAGUUUUUUGAUGUUCUUCCUGUGCAUAAAUUUCAGAAAACACCACACGGAUGGAGAGAAGUGUUAGUUGAUGUCGACCCACAAGCUUCUGAUAAACUGAGGUUCGUCUUGGCGCCUUGCGCGACCCCCGCAGAAGCCUUCAUUCAACGUGAUGAAAGAAGGGAGCAUGUGGAAGUAUGUCCCGAUGCUGGGGUUAUCAUCCAGGAACUGUCCCAGCGCAUUGCAUCAACUGGAGGUGCUGCCCUGAUUGCGGAUUACGGUCACAAUGGAACAAAGACAGACACCUUCAGAGGGUUUUAUGGACACCAGCUUCAUGAUGUCUUGAUUGCUCCUGGAACAGCAGACCUGACAGCUGACGUGGACUUCAGUUACCUGCGCAGAAUGGCACAAGAAAAAGUAGCCUGUCUGGGUCCAGUGGAACAGCGAACAUUUUUAAAAAACAUGGGCAUUGAUGUCCGACUGAAGGUUCUUUUGGAUAAAGCGGGUGAGCCAUCCAUGAAGCAGCAGCUACUUCGGGGCUAUGAUAUGUUAAUGAAUCCUCAGAAGAUGGGAGAAAGAUUUAACUUCUUUGCCUUGCUACCUCAUCAGAGACUUCAUGGGGGAAGUCAAGAAAGGAAUGCCCGCCAGUCAAAAACCCCCUCGUCCUCUGUAGCUGGGUUUAAUGAACUUAUUUGGCAGUGAUAUUUCAGCUUGGACUUUUAUUCCUCAGUAGACCUUAAAAAUCAAAAUAAAAGAAACUCACUUUGCAUAUUGAACAUAAGUAUUCAAACUAAUAUCUCUUUUCAGUCAGUAAAAAUAGCCUGCUUAUAUAAAUACAAUCAAAAUGGUAGAAUGUUAAAGGUUAUAACUAACCCUUGGUAUAAUUGUUUUCAACCCAGUAAAGUAGUUUAUUGUGAAAUUGUUUCCUUAUCAAGUUACUGUAUUUCUACCUAAUUUUUAAAAACACAUAUGAGCACUGAUUGGUUUUUAGAAACUGGAAAUAAGGUAAAUGGCCAUUUCCAGGGAUUCAAGUCAACAGGUCUGGAUAUUUUUAAAGGGCAAAAAGCAGUGUAUUCUGAUAGAAUGCUCUCUUAGAUUUAAUAAAUGGAAGAAGUCAGAUGUGAGUCUCUAGAGUUAAGAUCCUGUUUUUGCUAAGGGAAAUAAUUAAGUGAAUACGUCAGUAUAGGCCUAGUUUUCUGUUCUGUGGUGUGCACAGAUGAAGGAAGAGUGACUGGGAAGGAGUCAGCAGUUCUCCACUCUGAAAACAGCAUUCAGAAGGAUUAUACACGCUUUGGUGGAUGAAAGCAAAGAGUGAUAACAAAAAUACUAAAGAAGUAAUGAAUAAAAGUCAUAGUUAAAAAACCUGCAGCAAAUCUAACUUUUACUUAAAUAAGAGUAAUGUUAACUAUCCAGGAGGAGCAAUUUCCUAAGCUGAGCUCAUUCUGUUCUAUUUUCAGAUAACUAUACAAUUUUAGUUCUGUAUUAAAUUGUCUGUCGAACU